CCACUAGGCCGCAGCUUGCCUCGCUGCUGCGCUGGAAUUCCCACUCAGCCUGAGGGUGUGGCGAAUAUAUAAUAUAGUUCUUCUCCGCUCUACCCUACUACUACCCAUUCAACACAAACAUCAACACAGAAGCAGAUAUACACACCCUCUUAUCUCCUCUCCACACCCAUCUGCCUAUAUAUCAACAGCUAGCCCCCCCGCCCACAGUAGCAUUCGAAGAUCACAAUAUCCAGUCCACCUCGAGAUCAACUACGAAAAAAGACACCAGAAAGCAGAUCUCCAAAUCCGCGUGAACAUCAUGUCUCCCGCUUACCCCCAAGUCCACAACCCGCGCCACUCGUCUGGCUCGCUUUCCUUGCCUCCACAGGGCCGCCCGUAUGCUGGAGGCCUUCCUUCACCGACCGACUCGACUUGCUCCAACUGCUCCUGCGAGGAUUCCACUUUGCCUCUGAACACCCCGUUCUCAACCCCACCAACCUCCGCCACCGGCUCGACGGCAUCCCGUCGUCGCCGAUCUUCCGUCGCCGAGCAGCCCCGCCCCAUUCUGAAGGGCGCUCCUCCCGUCGUGGUCCAGAAGAUGCGUGGCACCUCUCCCAGCCGCACCGAACGCCACGGCCACAGCUCCUCUUCCCGUGCUCUAGUGGUGCCCGCAUCCUCGCACGGCCACCGCCGCUCCCGUUCCGAGACCAGCUACUCGAGCCACACCGGCCGUUACUACGAAGCCUACCAGAAGUCGGUGGCGCAGGACCAGGACGCCGGCCGGGACUUCCCGCGGCGCGGCCGCACCCGCUUCCCCAAGAAGCUCGUCACCCGCGAGGCCGCCGAGGAGAAGAAGUACCCGUACUCGGUCGAGGAGGACGGCGCGAUCACCGUCGAGCAGGCGCUGGGACAGCCUGAGAUCGAAGCGUUGGUGGCUCUGUCUGAAGAGAUCCGACGUCGUAGUGUCCCAUCGCGAAAAGCAGUAUCAUUCUACGAGAAGACAAUAGUUCACGAAGUUCCCCCGAGCGCGCCCAGCCCACCACCAUCUGAAGCCGCGAUCUCACCCCCACCCCGCUCUGGCACUCCUUUCAGCCCCGCAUUGCUUUCACCCCACAGUUCAAGUUCGAAUUCAUCCUCUCGUUAUUCGCAGCCAGUCAUUCUUGUUUCCGGCACAGGACCGAACGGUCGUCGCACCUCCCAAUACGUUCCCGUCUCGCCCGCCUACUGUUCAAACUCCCCACCAAAAUUCGAGCCCCUGCAGCCGCCGGGCCCCUCAACUCCCAAACCCACAUCAAAGAAUAUGGAACUCCGCCUCGAGCCCGCACCCUCAUCACACAGCAACAGCGCGCCACCACCACCGUCAUCACACAGCGUACCACCAUCACACAGCGCGCCAUCAUCGAAGACCCCCGAAGAGAAGCUCGCGAGAGCGGAGGAGAAGGCGGUAAAGGCCGCAAAGAUUGCAGAGAAGAAGGAGCGUCGCGCGCAGACCACGGGAAGCGCCGUCGAUGCCGAGGAUGCGUGGAAGGCAAGGAUGCGCGCCGAGGAGCUCAAAAAGAAGUUUGUAGAAUUGGAGAGGAAGGAGAGGUCCCGGUACGAGAAGAGGGAUCCCAAGCGGAGGUCCGAUAAGGAGAAGAGGGUCAGGGUCGGCAGGAAUCAUAAGGGCGAGAUCAUCAUGAUCAAAGGUUAGAGAGGUUGUUUAUUGGUUUUUGUUUUGUUUUUGUUUGCUCUUUGUUUUGGAGGUUGGCUGUUUGGUUGGAGUAUUUCUUUGAGGCCUUUCUUUGGUUUUUUUUCAUAUACCCACACCAUGUGUGUUUAAGCGUACUCUACUGCAUAUUUACACGGUGUUUUUGAUCAUUUUUUCUGUGCCUUGUGCCUUCUCUCCUUCUCGUUUCGCAUCGUUUUGUUUUACUCUUCACGGAGGCCAGAGUUUUAGCCUGUACCCUAUCUACGAUAACAAGUACUUUUAUGAUACCUCAUUCUCACCCU